AGUUCUUUCCGCUGUGCGUCCGACAUGGCAGGUGUCUAGGGCUGCCAACUGGACUGUUUCUUAUCUGCUGUUCCUGGAUAAUAAGCAAGUCGUGAGUUAGUCGUGAGAUAGAUCCACGUCUCAACACCCUUCCAACGCUCUACGGAGACAAGUGUGCUGGAUGUAUGGGUGGUGAUCGUGGAGGAGGUGCAAACCACACUUUCCUCACAUGUGCAACCUCUUCCAGUAACCACCACAUCCAUUUCUGCCCUCGCGACAAACCUCGCUUCUUCGUUACUAACUCUGGUCUAUACCAAGCUCUUCGGGGUCGUAGAACAUUUAUACAACCGACCAUGUCUUCAAGACGGGUCAUCGAUGGAAGUGUCCUGGAAGGUGGCGGACAGAUCCUCCGUAACUCCAUAGCUCUUGCCGCUUUGCUACAGAAACCAGUCAUCAUCCAAAAUAUCCGAGCAAACAGAAAACCUCCGGGACUGAAACCUCAGCAUGCAGCCGUGCAGGUCUCAGCCUCGCCGCUGACAUUUCAUCUGCUACUUUGGUUGGGUGCGCCAUGAAUUCGACUACUAUCGAGUUUAACCCUAGACCUAUCAACGUUGCGAACUUGUACUCGGCCGAUCCGGGGACUGCAGGUUCAACAACUCUCCUUCUCCAGAUCGCUCUGCCUUGCCUAGUCUUUUCUUCAACACCCACUAUAUCAGAUCUCACCCUACGUGGAGGCACAAAUGCUGCGAACGCCCCUCAGAUAGACUACACUGAGCAUGUAUUUUUACCCUUCUUGAGGCGAUACUUUCACUUAGAUCCCCACCUGACAAUUCGCAAACGAGGCUAUUAUCCGAAAGGCGGCGGAGAGAUACAUUUUUCUAUGCCUACUAUUCAUGGUCCUUUACCUGUGGUUACUCUCACUGAACGAGGUUCUGUGAAGUCCAUCUCUGGCAAGGCGUAUGUAGCAGGUCUCCCUCGCAGCGUAGCGGAACAAAUGCGUACCGCAGCCAUAUCUGACCUUAUUUCCUCUGGAAUUGAUCCUGCUUGCAUCAAUGUGUCCGCAGUACGUGAGAAGCGUGAAGACGCAGUUGGAAGUGGUUCUGGCAUUGUUCUGUGGGCGGAAACAGACAAUGGCUGCAUAUUCGGAGGAAGCGCAUUGGGACGGAAGAACAAAGAUGCAUCCCAAGUAGGUCAAGAGGCUGCAGCUGAAUUAUCCCGGAAUCUCGCCCACGGUGGUUGCGUAGACGAGCAUCUGCAGGAUCAGAUUAUCAUUUUCCUUGCUCUUGCAGAAGGGAAGUCUAUAGUCAAGACGGGCCCUGUGACAUUACAUACUAGGACGGCAAUCUGGGUUGCAGAGCAACUGACUGAUGCACAAUUUGAGGUGCUGGAAGAUGAAACAAGCUCGACUGCGUUAAUUUCUUGCAUCGGCAUCGGAUUCCGCAGUGAUACACAUUGAUUCGUACUGCAUAACUUGCGAAUGUCGAUGACCUCGGAUGCGAAGUUAGAAUGCGCGCGGGUCUAACUGCCUUAAAAAAUCGGCGUGAAAACGCCUCCAAUCAUGAUAUACCUCGAGGAUAAAGUUAAACGAUACGUCAAGCACAAUGUGUAGAGUUCCUUCUUCCAUUAUACCAAUCCUCCUGAACGACGUAAUACAAUAGAGUAGAGUCUGAUAAAUACAUACAAUGCACAGCGAAUGUCCUUCAUUGACGAUU